AUGGUGAAUUAUAAAUUAGUUCCGAUUUUGAUUCUCUUUGCUGUUUGCAUCGUUUCUUCCAUUGCUGAAGAUCGAGACAUAUAUCUAGUUUUACUCGAAGGCGAGCCCGUUGCCUUCCAUGAAAAAACACAUCAUAAACAAGCAAAGAAGCCUCGCCUCAACAGUAAAGCAUCGAAGGGCCAUGCAAAAUUGUUGGUAGAGUCCCACGACCAAUUCCUGCAGAGCAAACUGGAAGCAGGAAGCUACAGCAAGCUCUACAGCUACAAACACAUCGUCAACGGCUUUGCCCUCCACACGACCCCUUCGCAAGCCGAGAAGUUCAAAGGCGCCCACGGAGUGAGGCUGGUGGAGAAGGACAAGGGAGCCAAGCUCAUGACAACCUACACCCCUGAUUUUCUAGGGUUAGACACGGUUUGGAGCCAGCAAGGAGGAGAGGGAAACGCAGGAGAUGGGAUUGUGAUAGGCUUUGUGGACUCCGGCAUAAACCCUAUCCACCCUAGCUUUGCCUAUGAUCCCUUGAAUCCAUGGAGCAGCAAUGCCACUAGGUUUUCUGGAUCGUGUGACGGAGGGCCUCUGUUUCCGAUGAGUUCUUGCAAUGGGAAGAUCGUUUCUGCGAGGUUCUUCGCGUCGGGGGCUCGGGCUGCUGCCACGCUGAAUCCUGCCGUUGAUCUUAUGUCGCCUUAUGAUGCGGUUGGCCAUGGCAGUCAUGUGGCGUCGACCGCUGCGGGGAAUCAUGGAGUUCCAGUGGUGGUGGAUGGCUUCUUCUACGGUCGGGCCUCUGGAAUGGCACCGCGUGCCAGGAUAGCCAUGUAUAAGGCCAUUUAUCCUACAGUGGGAACAUUAGCAGAUGUACUUGCUGCUAUUGACCAGGCAGUGUUGGAUGGAGUAGAUGUCCUAUCACUCUCAAUCGGACCCGACGGGCCACCAGACGACAGAGUUACGUUCCUAGGCGCAUUCGACAUAUUCAUGCUAUCAGCACGCAAGGCCGGGGUUUUUGUGGCUCAGGCUGUCGGCAACCAAGGCCCUGCUCCUUACUCCGUCGUCUCCUACAGCCCUUGGUCCUUUGGUGUGGCCGCCUCCAACACAGACAGAACUUACCCCGGCACUCUCAUCCUCGGAAACGGUAAAAAAAUCAGUGGCAUCGGAUUGUCAGGUGCUAGCUUUGGAUAUGGAUUGCUUCAAUAUAGGCUGGUGCUGGCUAAAGACGCGGUAAGGGCUAACGGCGCAUUUCCUAUGACUCCACAGUAUACGGAAGAGUGUCAAUACCCGGAAGCAUUGGAUCCUAUUAUGGUCUUAGGGAGUGUGGUUAUCUGCACAUUUUCAUCUGGUUUCUACAACGGAACGUCUAACCUCACGGCCGUUAUAGCAACUGCAAGGUCUCUCGGGUUCAUGGGAUUCGUGUUGGUUGCCAACCCGAGCUAUGGAGACUUUAUAGCAGAGCCUAUCCCCUUCUCUGUUCCUGGGAUCAUGAUCCCUAAAGCUAGUGAUGCACAGAUCGUAUCUCAAUAUUACGAACAACAAACGACGAGAGAUGGACAAGGGAAGGCAAUAAGAUACAAUGGCAGGGCAAGUAUAAGCGAGGGUAGAAAUGCUUCUUACACAGAGAGGGCGCCCGUUGUAAGCCGUUUCUCUUCCAGGGGACCCGAUUACACUGACCAGAAGAGGAGUCCGGCUGAUGUGCUUAAGCCCGAUAUUUUAGCCCCGGGCCACCAAAUUUGGGCUGCCUGGAGCCCCAUGAGUAUUAUGAACCCCAUCCUAUCUGGUGACAAUUUCGCGCUGAUAUCUGGAACGAGCAUGGCAACGCCACACAUAGCAGGCAUAGCAGCACUAAUCAAGCAGAACCACCCUUCGUGGACUCCAUCGAUGAUCGCCUCAGCCAUGUCCACCACGGCUACCAAGCAUGACAACCGCGGUGAUCCCAUAAUGGCGGAAGGCUUUGCUGCCAACACGGUGUACCCUGCUGCACCAUUUGGAUUCGGGUCCGGCCUCGUUGACCCCCCUCGCGCCCUAGACCCUGGACUUGUGUUUGCUGCCGGAUUUGAAGACUACCUCACUUUUCUGUGCUCUCUUCCGGAUGCUGAUCCGGAGAAAGUCAGAAUUGCGACUGGAGGGACGUGUCCCGGCUCUCUCAGCAACCCGUCCGACCUAAACCAGCCUUCGUUGACUAUAACCGCGCUUUCUGGGGCGCGAGUAACGCGCAGGAUAGUGAAGAAUGCGGCGAGCAAGCCAGCUAUAUAUAUAUAA